AAAAUCUGUCGUUAUGAGCUCACUCGAGAGAACAAGAAGAGCCCAGACUAGGUCUCCUCAUCAGAAGAGAGCCAACAGGGAUUUUAACUCCACAAAUGACUCAUAUAAUCUCGUUGUUGUCAAGCAAAAGAAAAUUGACCAAGCAAGGAGAAUACAGACUCAGAUUGCCUCGAGGAAGAUUUUUAAAAAGGGGCUUGGCCCAUCUAGAAGGAACAAGAACUGCAUCCAGUCCAGAUCUUAUCUAGGUUCGAAAUGUUUUCCUUCCUCAGCUUGGCAAAGAUCAGCUCAGAUGAAUCAUACAUUUCACUUGGCACAUCCUUCAAGGACUAUUUCGGUCAACACUCGGAAGGUUACCAAACAACCUUUAAUGAGGCUGUUCAAGGACGAACUUGACAAAAGAUUCACUUUGACAGUAAACAGGGAAGACUUGAGCAGACAAAAUCUGUCUAACAGUGCUUAUAUCGAUCAAGAUGAUAUCUCAAGGAAGAAUUCUGAUUAUAACUCAACUACUCUAAACAAGUCUCUCUUCUCCUCAACAGCAGGAAGUAAGAUCACCAAUAGGAAGAUAAUUAGCAUGUUUAAUGAAUUUGAAGCAGCCACGAAUGUCCAACUCAAUGACAACGAUUCUUUAUAUGAUGAUGAGCUUGAUAGUCAAAGAUUUCAGAAGCAAUCCGCUUUGCUCAAAGCUAAGAGUAAAGAGACUGCGAAGACAAGGAAAUUCAGCAUGAAUUCAUUCGUUAAGAUCCAGAACUCAAAAGUUCAAAGUCCUCUUGAUGCUUCAGACUCACCUCUAGCCUCGAUCUUAGAAAAAUAGGGAACGUCCAGUAGUGCUUCUACAAAAGUCUACUAAGUUCUUGCUCAAUUUAGCUAAAUUUAACUCAGAAUUCAUUGUAAAGAAGGCUAACAAUUAUGAAGAAACUCAUAAUUUCAGAAAGCUAAAUAAAGCUCAAAAGAAGCAGAUGACUCAGCUUCAGUCAAGAGCAUCUGUAAGCCCCUUAAAGGGCCGGUCUCAGAGUCCCUUAUGUAGCAGGUCUCAGUUCAGCACCCCUUACAGGCCUUUUAAGGGAUUUCGUCAGCGCUCACGCAAAGCUCGGUUAAAGAAUUAUUUUAUGAGAAAACAGGUUUAAAUUCUUGUGUU